AUCUGCAGCUCGUCCCUCAGCUGUUCAAAUCUUUACCUCCUUCAGCUGAUCCCUUUUGUCGGCCCACUUUUUCUUUCCAGUCUCCCCACAUUCUUCUUUCCAGCGCAAGAACAUCGACCCAUAGUCCCACCGUCAGCUGACGACAUCAUUAUCUCGUCUAAAAACCUUUGAUGGAGCUGAGGGAACUCGAAAUCUCGCGUCGGAUUCGAGACGUUCGUUGCCUGUAGUUAUGUCACCGUCUUUGUUUCCUACCAUCACCAAGGUCAAGACAUACCUGGUUGGAGGGGAAGGCGAUGGCGCAGAUUAUCACUCGCAGAGCCGAGGGCAUUGGAUCAUUGAUAGUCCGAUAGCAAACCCUAUGUCUCGCUACUCAAACUACAAGACUUCCCGCGUUCAAUGGGGCAUCAACGUCCUCGGUUCUUUCUGCAUUGAGAUACAUGCGUCGGAUGGCACAAUAGGGUUUGCGACAGGUCUAGGUGGGCCGCCUGCCUGCUGGCUCGUGCAUGCUCACUUCAAGCGCUUCCUCAUCGACGCUGAUCCUCGCGAUACCAACAUGCUUUGGGACCAGAUGUAUCGCGCGUCGAUGUUCUACGGGCGCAAGGGCUUUGUCAUAACCGUCAUAUCUUGCAUCGAUUUGGCCAUUUGGGACUUGCUGGGCAAGAUUCGGGGCGAGCCAGUUUACAAGCUCAUCGGAGGUCUUACCAAGGAGUUUCUGAGUCUCUACUCCACCGGGCCGUUGCCUGCAGAAGCGAAAAGAUUAGGAUUCUGGGGUGGAAAGGUGCCGCUACCGUAUGGUCCUGAAGAGCCUGGAGGCUUGAAGAAGAAUUUCGAUUUUCUUGCAGAGCAUCGUCGUGCUGUAGGACCAGACUAUCCUAUCAUGGUCGAUUGCUACAUGAGCCUCAAUGUGCAAUACGCGAUCGAAUUGGCGACCAAGUGCCAGUCACUCGACAUUGAAUGGUGGGAAGAGGUUCUGCAUCCAGACGACGAGGAUGGGUUUAAACGCUUGAAAUCUGCUCUUCCGCACAUUAAAUGGACAACGGGCGAGCACGAGUAUACACGUUAUGGAUUCCGCAAGUUGAUUGAAACCCGCUCGAUUGACGUUCUACAACCGGACGUAACAUGGGUCGGUGGCUUAACCGAACUUCUCAAGAUCAGCGCACAUGCAGCCGCGUACGAUAUUCCUGUCGUCCCACACGCUUCAAGUGCCUAUAGCUAUCACUUCGCUUUGAGCCAGACCAACACGCCGUUUGCCGAGAUUGUGUGCAACGCGCCUGACGGGAAGUCGGUGCAGCCUCCGUUCGGGAGCCUGUUCCUGAACGAGCCGUUACCUCAAAAUGGGCGGAUAGAAGCCGAGGCGCUUAAUAAACCCGGUUUCGGAUUAGAGCUCAAUCCUGAAAUCAAGCUCGUUGAAUUCGACGAGGCCUCGUGGAGUAUGGGCCAUCAGACGAGUGUAUAA